CGAAUGUAAAUCUGAUCUAGCACUAACGGAUAGAAUAGAACAAUGAGUAAAAAGCUUUAUUAAAAUGCAACCGAUAAAGAUUUAUCUAGAUAGAUCUAGACCCAGACUGCACGGUCUAAUUUUGAAGCAUUGGAUUUGCAAAGGAAAUCAAACUAGACAGACCAGAGAAUCAGAAUGUGCCAAUGCUUUAGGCUGGUGGGUCUCCAGCCAGUAACAAUGAGCAGACUAUAUGGGAAAUGUUUCAUCUUUUAAUAUGAGACGUGCAGAAAUGGAAGACCCCCCCAAGAAAAAAAUGCACAAAGGAGAGUCAUCAGCGUCCACUGCCGCUGAGAUGAUUGACGACUCAAAGGCGUUUGUUGAACGCUUUUCUCUCCUCUUCGACAGUUCCUGUUUCAGUGAUGUUCGGCUCAGAGUUGGCGAGCAGAGCUAUUAUGGCCACAGAUUUAUUUUGGCAGCGGCCAGCAAAGUCUUUGAAGCCAUGUUUGGUGACUCCUCUGCCUGGGAAGAAAGCCGACAGCAAGAGAUUCGACUGGUCGAGGAAGAGGCUUGUCAAGCAGUUUUUUAUGACUUUCUCAGGUAUUUCUAUUCAGCAAGUAUCAACAUGACAACUGACAAAGCACUCCCGUUACUUCUCUUGGCUGACAAAUAUAACGUACAGUCUUUACGUAAUGCUUGUGUUGAGUAUAUGAUGAAACAUAUUGAAGAGUUGCCAGACAAGAAUAAAACAUUGACGUGGUAUCACUAUUCCAAACUGACUGGACCAGAGAAACUGAGAGACACCUGUAAAAAUUUUAUUGUUUCCAACUUUAAUGUGAUUCUGGAUGCGGCGGACUGGGUGGAAAUGGAACGCGAAGAGUUAGUGGACUUUAUCGGCAUGUCAGAACUUUGUGUGGAGUCCGAAAAGAAACUUUGGGAAAAAGUGGAACAGUGGCUGGUGGCAGACAACAACAUGGACAACUGCCGAGAUAAUGUGGAGACUAUUGUUCCCUGCAUGCGAUUCUGUAAAAUGACUCCGACUGAACUCUUGGCCAUUGAGUCGUCUCCUCUGAUGCCACUCUUUCCAGAUAUUUUAAAAGACAAGCUGGCAAUAGCAUACAGAUAUCAUUCCCUGGCUAGCAAUGGAAUAUUCCUGCCUACAGACCAGGUUCCUUUUAGGAACUACACAUCUCCCAUGUACGGAAUGAGAUUCCCAUUUGAGCUGAAGAACUACGCCAACAUCCCAAAGAUUGAGAGCAGAGUUUGUUUGUCGUGUCAGGUGCCAUAUUUACCUUCUCUUGAGAUGGAAACUAAAAAGGCCUCACGCUACGCCCAAUUCCAAGUCAACUUUUACCCUAAAGGUCAUUUCUCGACAAUCUCUUUGUACGGAAAUUUCAUGGGCAGGCAAAACGACAACGUGACCCUGAAAAUAAGCCGUCAGCAUGUACCAGUUACGGUCAGUCCACCGCAUGAAAGUAAGCCCUAUCCUCCAAUGCUGGUGGAAGCCACGCUGCAGCUGUACAGCAAGAAAAAGGAGCUGAGGUUCGUCGGCUUGACCCUGACCCAGACCCAUAUCUUUACCAGUAAAACCCCAGAGCUGGUGGUGGACAACGUCCUUGACCUGGCCCGCCUGAAGGCAGAGGACUCCCCCUUCAUUGUGGAGGGGUCGCUGAGCGGGGCUUGUUUUAUUAAGAUCCAGCAAGUGGGGGAUCACCUGUUAGAAGAAGAUUUUUGUCGAGUGACUGCAGAGAAUAGUGACAUACACUGAGAAACUGUGUGCUCUUGUAAUGAACAAGAAACAGUCUGCCCAGUUGCGCUUUAAAUACACCACUAGAUGUGCUAGAAAUGUGCUAGAUCUAUCUGUAGAUACUUCAAAUGUGCUAGAUUUUUUUUUGUCACUCGUUUGGACUUCUGAUCUCUUCGGCUUGAAGUGUGCUUUUUGUCGUUGACAAACUCAUCAGUAGCACCAACAUAUUUUAACUUCAUGGAUAUAAUGCACAGCAGUAGACAUGUUCAGGGUUCAAACUAUGAAAUAUUUGGAUAUGCAGACUGAGUAGCAUUACAAAAGGUAUGUAGUGUAGUUGAUUUCAAGGACCAACAUUUCCGUUGACAAUAGUCUUUCAGAAACAUGGAGCUCUACAAAAGAUAUCUAUCAAUCUAAUCACAUCUUAAGUUUGUAUCUUUUACGAGCUAAACCAGACAAAAUACUUCAAAAACCAAGUGUGUUUUUAUAUAAAAACAUUAUAGACAAGAUCAACUGGAGCUUCACCUUUUAGAAUACAAUGCCUCUGUCUAUGUGGCACAUUGAAGUAGUUUAGAAUUCAACAACUAUUGUAACUCUGUUAUGUACAAAUUGAGCCCUAUUUGUUCAUCCCAGACAAUUUCUUCUUAAACUUUGUUACUGUACAGUAUUUAUAUAAUAUAUCAAAGUCUGUCUCUAUAUCUAAUCCUAUAUCCUAGUGUAGAUUGCUGACUCUCACGUAAUGUUUUGUGUCUGUAUUUAUAUAACCAAGCUGUGCUUGCCAAAUGCAAUAUAUUAUUUAUUUCAUUUAUAUCCAAUCAGCUUUUGCUUGUAACCAGCACUUUGUGUGUGGGUGUGUGAUUGUUAUCUCCCUUUUGGCAUCUGGAUUAUUUAUAGACAAGUUUCUAUUUCAAGACUUGAGUUUCUAUCCGAAAGGAAACAAUUGAACCUCUCAAAUCUUCACUCAUAUAGUGUAAUGAUGAUGAGGAGGAGGAUUUAACUGUCAACUUGCAGUUUGUUUGAGUUUUGAUGCUCUAAGAUCAUUUGUAUGGUGGCUGGCAGAUAUAUUUUUUUUUUUUUGGUUCUUAUUUUAUUUCUUUUUUUGGCCUUUCUUCUUGCACAUCUGAUUUAUAUAUGUAAGGUAGAAGUGGCCAGAUUUAGCAGGAUUUUGUUUUUAUAUCUUACAACCAAACCCAUGGUCUUGGAAUGAGAUUAUAAUCCAAUAAUCAAACAUUGUUAGAAAAUGUAAUCCACACAUUUAAAUACAGAUCAUGUUGGGUUUGGGGAGUAGACUUUCACAUUAACUUUGCAAUCAUAGUGUAAAUCAAUUCAUGAGUUAGAAUCAUUGCUGUUGAGUCUUUGUGGAAUCAACUCAUGAAUAAGAGUUAAUCUAUACAUUUCGAUUCACUGUGGCUGCCUUUGUCUCAUUACAUUCCAUGAUGCACUGUGGCUUUUAACCCUUUUGGCCCUGAUCUUUUUCUUUUUUUUUUUGGUGCUCUCUAAAAUGAAAACAUAAUGAAGAUGUCAGGUUUGUGAGAGUUAAUCUCGGAAUAAUAAUGCACAGUCAAUGUUUAACUCUUUCAGUGCGGCGUUACUCUCAGCGAGUAACUUUGCUAGCACUGGUCAGUGCGGCAUUACUCUCAGCGAGUAACUUGGUUUAUAAUAUUUAUUUCACUAUCUUUUUUUAUGUUAAACUUUUUUUAUUUCUCUUUUUUUUUUUCAUUUUACGGAUGUAAAGAGUGAUUGUUCUUUGUUUGCGUAGUAAAUUUGGUGCAGUACCAACAUGUUUUGUUUUAAAAAAGACAACAUUAUGUUAAUGGUUCCUCUUUUUUAGUUUAUUUCCGGGGACCCGAAAAAUGUAAAUAAUACAAUUUCUUAGUGCUUUUAAAAAUCUUUUAUGAAAUCUGAAGCGAUUAAAUGUGUUUAACAUUGUGAUUUUUCAAUAUUUAUGGAUUAGAUGUUUAAUUAAAAGGUUAAAUCUUUCAGUAUAUCGAUUUUUUUAUGAAUUUAAAAAAUAUUUUCUUUUUCCGUGCUCAGUUUAAAAUUAAUGAAAAAAAAAUUUUCUUUAAUUAGUUUUAUUUAAUUUAUUUUGUAGCCCAUUCAUUUUCCUUUAAAAUAAAAUUGGUAAUAGUUUAGAUGCCCAGAUACCUUUACUGACCACCAUGUUGUUUUUUAGCAUAUUUAUCUCCCUCAUCUAUAUUAAACUUUCAAUGACUUUUUUAAAAGAGAUUUUUGUUCUUAUGCUGUCAACUUAUACAUUUUUAAGUGUAUUUACUGAAAUGAAGGUCUAAAAAAAUGUUAAUAAUGAAUUGAUGAAGAUGUUUCUUCUUUUUUUCAAUAACUUUUUUUAAAGAGAGUUUUUUGUUCUUAUGCUAUCAUUUUAAAUGAAUUUUAAUAUUAGAUCUAAUAGCUGCUAGAAAGAAAGACAAAACAGAAAAAAGUUGACGAGUAAUUCAAGGGAGAUUCUAGUAUUAAGCCUUAAAACCAAAAUGGCGUAUUUCCAAUGACGAUAUAUGGUAAUAAGAAAUAAAACUUAAAAAUAUAUAUUUUAAAAACUAUUUAUCUCCGAGGAAAUCAAAUUACAUAUUUGUAAUCUGCAUUUUUUUCCGCAUAUUCUUAAAAUAUAAGAGAAACCUGAUUUAGCGUUUCUAGUCACGUAAACUAAUACCAUAAAAUCAAAUAUAUUAGAUUAUUGAAUAAAAUAAAAAAGUCAAUGUUAGUUUGAGUAACUCUACCCCAGGUAAACAUUUGUGCUCGAUCCGGAAAGCUCCAUUUUUUUCGAUCAAAAUAAUUAGCACUGAAAGAGUUGAAUUUGAACCAGUCAAUGUUUCAAUUUGAACCAGUCAAUGUUAACUUGAGUCUACACUUGUGGCCUAAGUAACUCUUCUGUCUCCCUAACAUUAUGAAAUGAUUGUUCAGGGGCUUCUGCUGGUCUCCUUCCAGACAAUUCUUUACAGCACUUACCUAUAUCCUUAACAUUUUGAUUUUUUUUUCUUUUUAUUCCUGGUGCUGUACAGAUUAUAUUAUUUUUUUAUAUUUUUGUUAAAGUUGGUUUCCAACAUGUUAAGCUUCUAUUGUUUUAACUUUUUAUAAAACUGAUGAUCUCAUUUUAUUUUCUAUAUUUGGGUCAAAACUGAUUUUGUUUUCUAGUCAAAAUUUGUCUUUUGUGUUGCUUUUAUUGCUGUAGAACUCAGCUGGCCAGAUUUCUCCACAUACUGGUUUUAAAAUUAUUUUUUUGGAGGGUGAAAAAUGUAAAUUACAAUUUCAAACUUCAGAAAAGGCUAUAAAAUGAGCUAUUAUUUGUCUGUUACAUUCACAUGUUUGUGGUUGUGUUGGUUCUAUCAAUGGAAUGAUUUCUAAAAUGUGUGCAAUAGAUGAAUACAGCUUGUGCAAUAAAAUACAAUUUCGUAAAACCAUUUUGAUCCCAAUGGAAAUAUUGAGGCCAAUAGUCCUAUUUACUUCUUACUUUUGUUGAACUUAAUAAAUGAGAAGGUAGCUGGAUUCAAUUGUGUUGUUCUUUCCCUGAACAUUUUUUUUUUUAAAACAAUUGAUUCACAAAAAACAUUGUUUCCAAACAAUUAAUAUUAUUAUAAUCUUCAUGUGUCUAACCAACUUUCAACUCAAAAGAAUAAUGCAUGAUGUUUACAAACUCCAAAAGUAGGUCAUUUCUGGAAAAUGAGUAGUGACCUUUAACUACCCUGACUGGCAAGAUACACUUGUUUGUUGCCGAGCCUAAUAUUAUUGCCUUGCCCAUUAUCCUCUUGCCUUAACUCCCUCUUCUAUCUUAACCCCCUCCUCUAUCCAAACUCCAUUCUCUACCUAUAUUUAUCAACAUUUUAAACCUAUCUGACAAGACCUUCACAUCCUGUAGAUAAUGCCAACUCUAAGUGAACAUAAGCAAAUAUGUUGUUUUUUUUUCAUUUUCAAGUUUGUGUUUUUUCUAAACUAAAACUGGCAUCCAUUAUCAUCUUUUGACAAUAUAUGUUCUUAAAUGUCUACUUAGUACCAAGUGCUAUAAUUUGUCAACUUGGUGGAGACUUUAUCUGUUAUAGUCUUUUUUUAACAUGUUUGUUAUUAAUGGUCUGUUUGGUACAAAACGACUCAAAUUGUCAACUCAGUGUUGACUAAAUCCAUUAUGAUCUUUUCGGCACAUUCAGUGGUCUGUUUGGUACAAAAUAAUACAAAUGUCAACUCCGAGUUGAUUCAUUAUUUUGUUUCUCUCAUGUGUUGCUGGCCACCAUUUUGUGGAGUGAUUGCUUUUUAUAUAUUUUCACUUGCUACUUUACAUAAACAUAAAAGCUGCUAUUUAUAUAUAUAGAUAUAAACUGCUAUUUAUAUGCUAUUUAUUGACUGUCAGGACAAAAUAAAAAGUAAAGUGUAACUUUUCAA